AUGGCAAUGGUUCGCAUCUUCGAGGUUGGGCCAAGAGAUGGCCUCCAGAACGUGAAGCCGACCAUCUCUACGGACACUAAGUUGGGUUUGAAUUCAAGGCUCAUAGAAGCUGGUAUCAGAGAUAUCGAGAUAACGUCAGUAGUCUCACCUCGAGCAAUUCCUCAGCUCGCCGAUAACCGCCAUAUCCUUUCGUCAAGUUUGGUGCAGAAUACCCUGCGGGAACAGCCAGGCAUCCGACUAUCCUGUCUUGUGCCGAACGACAAGGGUCUGGAACUUGCAAUCCAGCAUAAAAUCAGAGAGGUGGCAGUUUUUGUUAGCGCAACUGAGGGUUUCAGUCGGGCCAACAUCAAUUGCUCCGUCGAUGAGGGCCUCCGCAGAGCCAGGGCCGUCUCAGCCAAAGCUAUUGAGAGUGGGCUGACUGUCCGCGGAUAUGUAUCAUGUGUCUUUGCUGAUCCUUAUGAUGGGCCUACGCCAAAGAAUGCGGUCUACCAUGCCACCAAGAGCUUACUCGAUAUGGGUUGCUACGAGGUGAGCCUGGGGGACACGCUAGGCGUUGGCACGGCACCGCAGGUACGAGACUUGCUUAGUUACCUCCGCGACCAUGGAAUCGGCCCAGAGAAGCUGGCUGGUCACUUUCAUGAUACGUAUGGGCAGGGGCUGGCCAACGUGUGGGAGGCAUACCAAUGUGGGAUAAGGACUUUUGACAGCAGCGUGGCUGGUCUGGGUGGUUGCCCUUUCGCCCCUGGUGCUAAAGGCAAUGUCGCCACAGAAGAUCUGGUGUACCUCUUCGAGCACGCAGGUGUCCACACUGGGAUUGACCUGGCGAAGUUGGCGGAUGUGGGGGGUUGGAUAUCCAGGAAGCUUGGGCAGGACAAUCAGAGUCGAGCUGGGGCAGCAUUGUUGGCGAAAGCUGACGACGUUCAACGGUCAAAGCGCAAAGCGCAAUCCAAUCGGCCUGACUGGGUUUUAUUACACAAGAGUGAUCUUGUGUCAAUCUUUCGAAGCGGACCCAACGGGAAGAUUGUUCUCGACAACCCGCGGAAAGGCAAUGUCCUCUCAACGAAGAUGAUUUCUCAGCUUGAUGACGCGUUCUCACUUCUAGAUAACGACGAGUCCAUAACACGAAUCGUCAUCACGGGAGACGGAAGGUUCUUUUGUACCGGGAUGGAUCUCAGAACAGUGGGAAUGGCCAGCGAUAGCCCGGCGCGAGCCAAAUUGUUUCGGGCCCUGACUGGGAUGCUCGAAGCAAUCGGAAAUUGUUCCAAGACGACGAUAGCCGCGGUCAAUGGACCUGCUCUCGGUGGAGGCGUCGGGCUAGCUUUCGCUUGUGACUUGCGGCUGUGUCCCAGAUCAACAAGCUUUACGCUAUCAGAGGCCAAGCUGGGACUUUGUCCGGCUGCGAUCUCCAAGUACGUGGUCAGAGAAUGGGGUGUCGCACUCGCACGCCAGGCAAUGUUGUCCGGAAGACCGGUGACGGCCGAGCAGUUACAAUCCAUCGGUGCUGUCACUGUUGCAUGCAGCCAUUCGACUUCUGACAUCAGCCUCAGGCUGCUUGAUGACCCUUCCCAGCAAUGUCGUCGAAGGAUCUCAACGAUGGAGUCUGCUCGCCUGGGUUCGCAGUUCCCUCCUCGCAUCAACCUGGAGCCCCAGCACGCUGGUGUCAUCAAGCGCAUUCGUCAGGCUUGCAGCAACUGCCGGCAGCGCAAGACUAAAUGCUCGGGCGAGAAGCCUCAAUGCGUCAAUUGCAAGCGCAUCAAGCGCUCCUGCCACUAUGAGCCAUAUUCGGCGACCUCCACGUCUGCAGCCCUUGCUACCCUCCAGAGCUCGCAGAUAACAUCUGCCGCUGAACCAGGCUCUCAAAAUUCCGAGCUUCUGCAGAGGAUAAGGACCAUAGAAGACCAGCUCGCUAGGUCCUUGAGUGACGGUCCUUCCAGUCCGGACGGGUCUUCGCCACAUUCCAACACGACCGAAGGAAACCAAGACACAACGGCGCGCCGUCGUCGACCCUCUCACGUGCUCUAUAGACCCUGGAAGUCCUCUACAGCUCAUCAACAAAGAUUUAAUGUGCUCCCGCCUCACAACAUCGUGGAAGCACUCAUCGAUACGUACUUCAUCCGAGUUCAUAACCAGCCAUACUCGUACUUCCAAGAGGAGAGCUUCAGGCGCUCACUUGAAAACGGGUCAUUACCAAAAUGUCUCGUAUUUGCCGCCAUUGCGAGUGCCCUUCGAUUCGCAGACCUCGACUUCUACCGUGGUGCAGUCCAAGAGGCGCAAGCUGCCUAUGCGAGGGAGGCGUGGCUUUCUGUCCUGAACGACCACAUGACUGCCGAAAACUCGCCAAGUAUCCACGUAGCUCAGACAACGAACAUCUUGGCAAUCAUCGAUUUUACAUCUGGCCGAAUCAGCUCCGGAUGGCUCAAGAUUGGCCUGGCCAUCAGAAUUGCCCAAGACCUCCAACUGACGAAAGAGUCUAGCGAGGAACUCUCCAAUGUUGAACGAGAAGAGCAGAGGCGGGUAUUCUGGUCCAUCUACCUUCUGGACAAACUAGUGUCGUGUGGAAAAUCACGCCCGCCCGCCAUUUCGGAUGAAGACUGUCAGGUCCAGCUGCCCUGUGAUGAACAGACUUUUCGCAACGGCGGCCAGAAGACGACGGCCACACUCGAUCAACUACACAAGUGGGAUGCUGAGUCUUUAUCCACGUGCGGAAAUUUCGCUCUAGCUCUGCUGGUUGGGUCGGCUCUGGGCAGAUGCGCCCGCUACGUCCUCCAUGAGCGCAGAAAGGGCGAGACACCGCCUUGGGAGUCCACUUCCAAUAUGGCAUCGAUCAACUCCUUCCUCUUGCUGGUUGAGUCCCACUUACAAGUCGACGAGCGGUCCAUCGAGGAUAUAAUAGCUGACAAUAAGCUCACGACGGGAGACGAUGGUAUUGAUCACCAGGCCAUAGGUCAUGUCAUCUUUGCCAACGCGGUCUUCCAUUUGUGCCAUAUUUUGCUCAAUCACCCUUUCCUCCUGAGGCUACGCCUACCGGAGUUAUCUGAUGGAGCCCCGCCGAGCUUCCUUUCACGGGCUUUCCGGACUGGGGCUGAUCAUGCCCGCAAACUUGCGAACUUCCUCGUCGAUGCGGCGAAGUCCGGCUGUCAUGUCGCCUCCUCAUUUUAUGCGUACUCAGUCGCAGUCGCUGGUAGCGUCCUAAUUCUGCAUUUCCAUGCAGCACGAAACCAAGCUCGUUCUGCAGAGCUCGAAGAGAGCAUCCAACAUAUCAUGGACACAUUGGACCAAAUGGGCUUGUUCUGGCGUCACGCCUCAAAAAUGAAAAGCCGGCUACUGUCCUUUAAGGAACACGGACACAUCUUCGCGUCUAUCCUUGACCCUCAUGCGCAGAUGGGGCUGGACCCAGAGUUUGAAUCCACAUUGUGGUCGAUGGUGGACUAUGGGACAAUGUGUUCCGACGGCACGCUCGUUAUGCCUUCACGGCCCGACCCAGUAGCCCCAGCCGAAGGAGAAGUAGCUCAAGACACUCCUUAUGGGAGCUUAGCAAUGACCAUGGGAGGGACAUCGCCGGACGCUAUCUACAUGCCGUCGUCUGAUCAAAUCCAUCCAGACCAAAUGGUCUUUGAGAAUUUCGACGUCCACUCCCUGGAUUAUCUUCUUGAUCUUCCUUCCGGCAGUGGUCAGGCAUAA